UCACACUUAAUCUUUCUGUCAUGUUCAAAAACGUCGCCACCACUAUUGCCCGCAACUCUGUUGCUGCUCGUCGCUCGUUCGCCAGCCAGGCUGGUUAUGAGUCGACCGCCAAGAACCUUUGCAUCAACAAGGAUACCAAGGUUAUCUGCCAGGGCUUCACUGGUCGCCAGGGUACCUUCCACUCCGAGCAAGCUAUUGCUUAUGGCACCAACAUGGUCGGUGGUGUUUCCCCCAAGAAGGCCGGUCAGACCCACUUGGGUCUCCCCGUUUUCGGUUCUGUCCGUGAGGCCGUCGAAGUCGCCAAGCCUGAUGCUAGUGUGAUUUACGUGCCCCCAGCUGGUGCAUCAGCUGCCAUCCUGGACGCCAUUGAGAACGAAGUUCCUUUGGUUGUCGCCAUCACCGAAGGUAUUCCUCAGCACGAAAUGGUCCGCGUCAAGCAGGCCUUGAUGACCCAGAACAAGACGCGUCUUGUCGGUCCCAACUGCCCUGGUAUCAUUGCCCCUGAGCAGUGCAAGAUUGGUAUCAUGCCCGGCCAUAUCCACAAGCGCGGCAAGGUUGGUAUUGUCUCGCGUUCUGGUACCUUGACCUAUGAAGCCGUCAACCAGACCACCGAGGUCGGUCUUGGCCAGACUUUGUGCGUGGGUAUUGGCGGUGACCCUCUUAACGGCACCAACUUUAUCGACUGCUUGAAGGUCUUUAUGGAAGAUAACGAAACUGAAGGUAUUAUCAUGAUCGGUGAGAUCGGUGGUACUGCUGAAGAAGAAGCUGCCGAUUUCUUAAAGGCAUACAACCAGACCCGUGAGAACCCCAAGCCCGUUGUCUCGUUCAUUGCUGGCUUGACUGCUCCUCCUGGCCGCCGAAUGGGUAAGUGCUGGCUUUCUCGGUCCUACUAAACAAUAGAAUGCUUACGAGUGCAAUGUCUCUUCAGGUCACGCUGGUGCCAUCAUUUCUGGCGGUAAGGGUGGUGCUGGAGACAAGAUCAAGGCUUUGGAGGAUGCUGGCGUUAUCGUUACUCCUUCGCCCGCCAAGCUCGGUGUCCAGCUCAAGGAGGUAACGGGAAAUGAACAAUUGAUGCUUACCUAAUCGUCGUGAUUUCGAUGACAAAAAUCAUGUACCUUUUUUUGCUUACGAG